AUGCCACGUUUCCUAGUUAAGAUUCAUGCAAAAAGAUCAAAAACCCAACUCUCUUGCAACCUGAGACAGAAACCAGUUGGUCGGGAACCAAAAUCAAGGCCAUGGCAUCACUAGCAACCUUUGCUGCAGUGCAACCAGCCACCAUCAAAGGCCUUGGUGGUAGCUCCCUCAGUGGAACCAAGCUCCAUGUUAAACCUUCUCGCCAGGGCUUAAGACCCAAAAGCUUAAGGAGUGGUGCUGUGGUGGCAAAGUAUGGUGACAAGAGUGUCUACUUUGAUUUGGAGGAUUUGGGCAACACUACUGGGCAAUGGGACUUGUAUGGAUCUGAUGCCCCUUCACCAUACAACCCUCUUCAGAGCAAAUUCUUUGAGACAUUUGCAGCUCCAUUCACCAAGAGAGGAUUGUUGCUCAAGUUCUUGAUAUUGGGAGGUGGCUCCACCCUCGCUUAUUUUAGUGCUACAGCUUCUGGUGACAUUCUACCAAUCAAGAAGGGUCCACAACUUCCACCGAAGCUUGGGCCUCGUGGCAAACUCUAAAUUAGUUUAGCAUCCUGAUCUGUCAACCCUUUGUUUGUAUGUUUUCAUGCUUUCUUUUGACUUUAAAGGUUGGCGAGGUUGUCUAAAUCCUCCUUAAGAUCCUGGGUUAUCAAUGCAUACAUAUUUGAUUCCUCUGUCA